UGGCAAUGGCCGUAUCGCUGUGUAACAAUUUCCCUAAUAAUGCCGGAAGCGGAAUAUGCAGCAAAGCACCUAGUAUUCCAGCCUGAAGCGGCAUCACCCGAGAGGCAUUUAAGCGAGCGUACAAUUCAAUCGCAUCCAUUGUCGUCCUCAAUUGCCACCACUGUCCCAAAGAUGUCAAGCACGUUGGCCUCCCUACCCUUGCCCAUUCGUAUCUGUAUCGAAGUCCUCUCGCCUGAGUGCCGGGAGCUGGUUAAGAGGGUGGCCGACCGGCUCGGACAGAGAGUAGAAAACGAGGUCAUGA